UCUUCUAUUUCACAGUACUUCAACGUUGCUCAGUUCACUCCCUCCCCCCUCUCUCUCAUACACACUCCCCCUCUCUCUCGCUCAGCUGCUCUCCCUCCCCUCCUGUGGAUGGUGUAGCUCUCUCUCUCUCUCCCUCUCUGUCUGGCGGAGCCGUGGACAGGAUUGGAGGCUAGUAGUGAGUGACUGCGGAGAGAGAGAGAGACUGAAGAGAAGAGAGGAGAGCAGAGCAGAAGAGAGAUCUAUAUUAGCAGUAUCUCUGCUGGAUACCUCUUCAAUAUUUCAAUCAGAAUUCUUCCUCAACCAGCUCGAGCCUCACACUUCCCACCGGACCCCCAUCACCCUACCCUUACCAGGGGGACAUAUGAACAGCACAGAGGGUUUACCACCCCGGACCUCCACACAGGGAGCCAUGUAAUACCCCCUUGCGCUGCUGAAUUUCCCCAAAUCGGUGCUCUGAAUCGGGAUUGAAACCAAGGAUUGUAUCCCCCCUGCCAGAAACCCCCUCCUGGGUUUGUGGAUCUUCUCUAGCUGCAAGAGGAGGAAGGGAAGGGAGGGACUGCUAGGUCUCUGCAUACCUGGCUGGGAGACACUCUUCUCUGGGGAAGUGUGGGGUGUGUGCCCCCCUUGGGCUGGAGGCCAGCGCUCCAGCACCAUGGAUUACCUACCUGGGAUUGUACUGUUGCUGCUGUUCUGCGGGGCGGUGGUGCCGGGGCAGGGGAGCCCAAGCACAGCGUCCCCAGGUUAAAGCUCUCCUACAGGGAGAUGGUAGAAUCCAGUAACCUCAUCACUUUCAACGGCCUCACCAACAGCUCCGGCUACGACACCUUCCUAUUGGACGAGGAGAGAGGAAGACUGUUGGUGGGUGCCGAGGACCACGUCUUCUCCUUCGACUUGGUCAAUCUCAACAGAGAGCACAAACAGAUCGCAUGGCCAGCCACGCCCUCAAAGCGUGACGAGUGCAAGUGGGCGGGGAAAGACCUCGGGAAAGAGUGUUCCAACUUCAUCCGAGUGCUCCAACCCUACAACUCCACCCACCUGUAUAUCUGUGGUACAGGGGCCUUUCACCCCAUCUGUGCCUACCUAGAGAUGGGCAAACGAGCAGAGGACAACAUCUUUCGACUGGAGUCGUCCCACUUCGAGAACGGCCGGGGGAAAAGCCCCUACGACCCCAAGAUGCUCUCUGCGUCCAUCAUGUUAGAUGGGGAGCUGUACUCUGGCACGUCGGCAGACUUCAUGGGAAGGGACUUUGCCAUCUUCCGCACCCUCGGGGAGCAUCAUCCUAUCAGGACUGAGCAACAUGACUCUAGAUGGCUCAAUGACCCCAGGUUUGUAGGUGUAAACCUGAUCCCAGAGAGUGACAACCCUGAGGAUGAUAAGAUCUUCCUCUUCUUCAAAGAGAACGCCAUGGAUGGAGAACACACUGGCAAGGCCACUAUUGCCCGCAUAGGACAACUGUGUAAGAAUGACCUGGGAGGUCACAGGAGUCUGGUCAAUAAGUGGACCACCUUCCUCAAGGCCAGACUGACCUGCUCAGUGCCAGGCCUCAACGGCAUCGACACACACUUCGACGAGCUGCAGGAUGUCUUUCUGAUGAGCUCCAAAGAUCCUAAGAACCCAGUGAUCUAUGCUGUCUUCACAACUUCUAGUAACAUAUUCAAAGGCUCAGCAGUGUGUAUGUACAACAUGGCAGACAUCCGGAGGGUCUUCCUGGGUCCCUAUGCCCACCGAGAUGGGCCCACCUACCAGUGGGUACCCUUCCAGGGGAGGGUGCCCUACCCCCGCCCUGGCACGUGCCCCAGUAAAACGUUUGGGGGCUUUGACUCCACCAAGGACCUCCCUGAUGAUGUGAUCACCUUUGCGCGGGGCCACCCGGCCAUGUUUAACCCUGUGCACCCCAUCGGGGGUCGUCCCAUCGUGGUGAGGACUGAUGUGGACUACCAGUUCUCCCAGCUAGUGGUGGACAAGGUGGAGGCCGAGGACGGACAGUACGACGUCAUGUUCAUUGGAACAGAUCUGGGCACGGUCCUGAAGGUGGUUACCAUCCCAAGAGAGAGCUGGCAUGACCUGGAAGAGGUGGUCCUGGAGGAGAUGACCGUGUUCAGGGAGCCCACCCCCAUCACAGCAAUGGAGCUUUCCACCAAACAGCAACAGCUGUACCUGGGCUCGGCACUAGGCGUUUCCCAGAUGCCUUUGCACCGCUGUGAGGUGUACGGGAAGGCUUGCGCUGAGUGCUGUCUGGCCCGUGACCCCUACUGUGCCUGGGAUGGAACAGAGUGCUCCCGUUACUUCCCUACCGCCAAGCGGAGAACGAGACGCCAGGACAUCAGGAAUGGAGAUCCCCUCUCCCAGUGCUCCGACCUGCAGCAUCAUGAUGACGUGGACGGGCUGGGUCAUGUGGAGGACAGGAGUGUGUACGGAGUGGAGAACAGCAGCAUGUUCCUGGAGUGUAGUCCCAAGUCCCAGAGAGCCCUCAUCUACUGGCAGCUCCAAAGACCCAACGAGGACCGCAAACAUGAGAUCAAGUCGGAGGACAGGAUGAUCCGCACGGAGCAGGGCCUGCUCAUCCGCAUCCUCACCCAGGCCGACUCAGGCAUCUACACCUGCCACGCUGUGGAGCACGGCUUCAUCCAGCCCCUCCUCCGCCUCUCCCUCCAGGUCAUCCCCACACAGAGGCUGGGUGAGCUGCUGCCUGGUGGGCCUCAGGGUGGAGCUGGAGGGUCUGGUGGCGCAGGUAGUGGGUCUGGUGGUGCAGGUGGGCCUGCUGGUGCAGGGCACUCGACAAAACACAAGCUGUGGUACAGGGAUUUCCUCUCCCUCCUCGACCACCCUGACCUGAACAGCGUGGAGGAGUUCUGCGAGCGUGUGUGGCGGAAGGAGCGCAAGCAGCGGCGUCUGAAAACCCCACCAUCACCACCAAUGACCAAAGUCUGGCUAGGCCUGACGGCGGAGCUCCAAGCUCAGGCCUAAAGCCUAAAAGUAGUCCUCUUGGCGCAGGUGCACCCAAUGCCCAGAAGCAGCAGAGCGGGCAUCCUACGGUGCAGCAGCAGCAGAACAAAGAAGGG